AGAUCAGUCCAGAUUUUAAUGACUGUACCAAUGGAAGUCUGAAUUACUUUGUCAGUUAAAUCUGGAUUCUCUGUUUUUUCCCGUUUUUUCUAGUAAUUAUUUGCUGGUUGUCUCUCUUCUCUGACAUUUUCAGCUGUUUGUGUCAGCUUGUGAAAUCUACUCAGACUCAGUUUGAUGGUGGACUGUUGAACUGAACUGGACUUAACCUGAGGAACCAGCAGAUUCUGGUUCUAUGGCUGCGUCGGUCAUCACUGUGCUGUUCCUGUUCUCCUGUCUACUGCAGUCUGCCUCUACAGACCAUCAGAUAAAAGAGAUAAAAGUACAUCAUGGACAGACUGUCACUCUACCAUGUAAAGCUCCAAACAACAUCAACAUAGCAUCUGUUGAGUGGAUCAGAUCUAACCUUGAUAGAUACGUCUACUUGAAGGAAGACGGGCGCCUGAUGACAGCAGACCAGGAUCCAUCUUAUGUGAACCGGGUGCAGCUGAGGGACGAUGAGAUGAAGAACGGUGAACUGUCUCUGAUUCUGAAGAACGUGAACAACAACGAUGAAGGAGCAUACGAGUGUCGCUAUGAGGAGAGAGGAAGCUGGGAGACAGGCGAUCAAAUUAAACUCAUCGUUCUGGAUGCUGGAGAGCUACAGCGACUACAACAGAUAACAGCACAUCGUGGACAGACAGUCACUCUGCCAUGUCGAGAUCCAAACUACGUCAUCAUAACAGCUGUUCAGUGGGUCAGAUCUAACCUUGAUAGAUACGUCUACUUGAAGACAGAUGGGCACAUGGUGACAGCAGACCAGGAUCCAUCUUAUGUGAACCGGGUGCAGCUGAGGGACGAUGAGAUGAAGAACGGUGACCUGUCUCUGAUUCUGAAGAACGUGAAGAGCAGAGAUGAAGGAAAAUAUGAGUGUCGAUAUGAGGAGAGAGGAAGCUGGAAGAGAGGCGAUCAGAUUAAACUCACCGUCAUCCUGGAUGCUGGAGACCUACUGCGCCAACCAAUAAAAGUACAUCAUGGACAGACUGUCACUCUGUCAUGUCGAGCUCCAAGCAACGUCCCCAUAGCAGCUGUUGAGUGGAUCAGAUCAAACCUUCAGAGACACGUCUACUUGAAGGAAGACGGGUACCUGAACACAGCAAACCAGGAUCCAUCUUAUGUGAACCGGGUGCAGCUGAGGGACGAUGAGAUGAAGAACGGUGAACUGUCUCUGAUUCUGAGGAAUGUGAACAGCAACGAUGAAGGAACAUACGAGUGUCGCUAUUUAGAGAUGGGAGAAGGAUGCUGGGAGACAGGCGAUCGGAUCAAACUCAUCGUCCUGAAUGUUAGAGAUGGAGACGCAGAGGAUGGAAAACACUCAGGGAGAGAUGAUUUAAGCGUAAUUGUGCCAGAUCUGUACAUGCAUGGACAUCUUGGAGUAAUUCUGCCAGUUACUCUGAUUGUCUCUGGUCUUGUUGGUUUUGUGAUCUACAAGAAGCUUAAAGGACGUUAAGAGAAUAAUUCAGACCUGCCUGUUGAUGAUCCAGAUGUUCUUCAGCAGCUUCAAGAGAGUGAAAACAGUCAGAAAAACAUCACUCAGAACAUCUCUGACACUCAGGUGUAAAAACUCCACAGAAACUGAAAAUUGAAUCAAAGUAAAACUGAAGAAAAUUAAUGUUAGAAAUCU